GCAAACAGCGGCGGCACGGCACCGACUGGUGGCUGAAACACAACUUGGCGCUUCAAAUCCUUAGCGGUUAGCAAAAGGAGGAUGCAUCACAAGUAGGAGCUUAUUUACUUAUUCUUUUAUUUAUCUUUGGAGGGACCAAUUCAGGCGCAGUGUUUUUUUUUUAUCUGCUGGAGUUUAAGCUCCUGUGAAGUUGCUGUAGAGAUGGAGCUGAGCAGGAGGAAAGUGCCUCUCUAUGGCGAAGCGAAGGUAUUUGCAUUGCUGGAGGGUUUAGACUUGGUGCCAGAGGAUGCUGAGAUCUAUGUUGUUUUGGAAGGAUCCACGCUGGUCCAUGUAACCAGGGCUCAGAGUGAUGUCAUGCUCUGCUUUAUUGUGCCUGGACAUAACAUGGCCGAGGUUGUUUCUGUCCAAGCCUACCUGUGCUCUGAAACCACGCCUCUUACGUGGGUUGGUGGGUCUUCGUUAGAGUAUGUGCAUGAUGAUGCACAGGACCUGGCAGAGCACCUGGUAAUCCAUGGACAUUGUUUGAGCUCCAAGGAUCAUAAGGAGCUGAGCAGCUUCUUCAGCCUGGGCCAAGAGAGCUCUCACUGGGCUAUGGAUCGUAGAGUGGCUUUGGCCAUGGCCAACCUGGAUAUCCCCCCAAACUGGAAUGUACUGGGGAGCCACAGCAGAAACCAACGUAAUCCCAGAGAGUCGCCCCUCCACCUGGCUGUGCGAUGGGGCCUGUACCGGCUUGCAGAGCUGUUGCUUUGCCAGCCAGGGGGUUUGAUGGCUGUCAGUCUGCCAAACGAAGAAGGAGUAACACCACUGCAGCUGGCACAGACAUCAGGCAACACUGAGCUCCUGGAGCUGCUGUCGCACCCACCCAACCCUCUAGCCACACCUCCAGCAGGUUUGUCCCAGGUGUGGGCUGACCGCUCUCGUUUGCUGAGGUUUUGUCAUGACACAGGGAACCUGACUCUCACUGUGCGACAAAACCUGAGGUGGAGCUCAGAGGAGAGUCGUCAUGCUGACAUCCUGCUUCUCAGAACCAGACUCAGAGAUGAAAACUUCCUUAGGGAGAUCAAAGCCCUCAGGAGGGAACGGGUAGAUACCAUCUUAGGGAGGAGGGAAGAACUAGUAGAUGAUCCUGGAGAUAACGCACUGUAUCCUGACAUAAAUGGAGAAAACUGUGCUGAAGAAAAUGUUCCCAAUUUCUUGUCUGAGGACUAUGAGGAGCAGCUGAUGUUUUGCCUGAAUGAGGAGGACGAAGAAGACAACCCAUCACAGUCUGAAUCUGAGAAAAGCCAGUCCAUAAGGGAAAGCCAAGCCUCAUCCCCGACUCUGGCUGCUGCUGCUAGACUGUCGGCAAUGAUACACGGCAAAGACCAAGUGUAUGCCAAUGCUAUGCUGGUGGACCAGGUGGAUGAUGCUGACAUCAAGUAUCGCUCUCCAGGAGAAGAAGAACUCAGCCCUGCAUCGCUUGUUGGCAUCCCUUGCUGGGAUUCCUACUCAGUGACUCCCGUUGAUUCGGGGAUCCGUUACCCGUCAUUGCCCCAUCAUGGGCUGAGGGAAAGCCAAGGCUCUGGUGUAAACAAUCACAGGGAACCAUCCCCUUGCAUCUCUCCCCCCUCUCCUUAUGCUUCCUCUCCGUCUUUUCCUUCCUCUCCCCUGGCUUCCACCCUUCGUUUGUUUGAGGGAGUACAGAGGCGUCAGAUGCAGACAUGCCCCCUGGUCUCUCCUGCUUUGAGUCGCAGAGUUUGCAGCUUGGCCGAUGCGAGCCGGGGCCUCAGUCCAAGUCUAGAGUGUGACAGUGGAGAGGAGGACAUACUGGGACACUCCUGCCCCUACUCAUCUUUAAAACAGAGGUGCAUACUGCAGUCCAGCUCUGGAGAGGAGAGGGAUUCCUUUGACACUUCACCUGAUUUUAACCGCUCACACUCCGACAGCACGCACAAAACCAACAAGAAUUCAGAGGAGGCUGAGGUGCGUCUGCGCUCCUACUCCUACUCCUCCCCUAAAGCGAAGUCAACAAGGCCGCUGCUAAACCGAGAUGCAGCUAUCACCGACCUGGAAGAAGACGGCGCAUUCAACAGCGGUCGCUCGCUACUUCAGGCUUUAUCACUUUCAAAAUCCGUUUCUCGUCUCAACCACAUUAAGCAGAGAGCAUCCAACCUGUCUGAAACACCCAGAGAAAAAAGGGUUUUGGGUUUCCGUAAGCGGGCCCAGUCCGCAGAGGAGGAGAGCAGCGCAUCACUCCAACACCUAACCCUCACAGAGUUCCUCAAAGAGAUCGAGGAUGAGGAGUGGGAUAAAUACAUAAUCCCAUCUAAGGUCGAGUCAGAGAAGUACAAAGUGAGCCGGACUUUCAGCUUCCUCAAGAGCAGGAUGUCCAGCACCCGCAACAAAACUAAGGUGAAGGGGAAAGAAGUGAAGGAGGGAAAGGAGAAGUCAGGAUCCGCUAAUGGACACCAAUUUGUCCCUGUGUCUCCAUGUGGUCCAGCUCUCUGUGUGGCCUGUGAUAAGUCUGUUUCAGGGAAAGAGCUGUUGCAGUGCUCCAACUGCUUCCUGAAUGUCCAUAAAAACUGUCGAGAGUCUGUUGCAGCCUGUGGAAAGAAACAGCAGGAGAGGAAUGCAGUGUUGAUGAAAAGCAAGACCAUGUCUCUCCCACAGAACUCUGUAAAAGAGAACUGUCCGUCAUCCAUUUUCUCUUUAUCAUCUUCCUCCUCGUCUACAGUUCAAACAGUGACCAAAAGCCUGUCCAUUUCUAUAGACAACAGCAGAGGUUUUAGUGACACAGCAGGAGCGGAUAGUGAGAGUGUGGUGACAACUUGUACUAACAGCUCACUGUCUGAGGAGGGAACACCUGUCACAACAACUCCCCCAUCCACCGACUUGCCAAUCAGCACACAGGAUACCGUUGACGCUCCUCUUCUGAGCGACCUGUCAGCUGACCUGCUGGGACUUGAGGCAGAGUCAUGGAGUCUUGCAGUCAGUCCAGAGUUUUGCAGGAAACACGACAGGCGCACCAUCAAACGACAAGAUGUUAUUUAUGAACUGAUGCAGACAGAGCUGCACCACAUCCAAACCCUGACGGUCAUGUCUGAGGUGUUCAGGAGAGGCAUGCUGGAGGAACUGCAGCUGGACUGGGACUGUGUGGCCCGGAUCUUUCCAUGCUUGGAUCCCCUCCUGCAUUUCCACAGGAACCUUUUUAGGGCACUGCAGGAUCGCAGACAGGCUGCAAUCCAAAUCGAAAAUUCACAAAAUUACCUCAUCCAUCAGAUUGGCGAUAUACUGCUGCAGCAGUUUUCAGAUGAAAAUGCUGAGAAAAUGAAGCAGGUGUAUGGAGAGUUUUGCAGUCACCACAUUGAUGCUGUCAGUGUCUUCAAAGAGUUACAGCAGCAGAACAAGAAAUUCCAAAACUUUGUCAGACAACAGAGUAAUAACUCUCUGGUCAGAAGAAGAGGCGUGCCAGAAUUUAUCCUUUUGGUCACUCAGCGCAUCACCAAGUAUCCAGUGCUGCUGGAGAGGAUAUUACAGUACACUCAGGAGGGAAGUCAGGAACACUGUGACUUGUCAAGUGCUUUGGCCCAGAUUCGUGACAUCAUUGCAGCAGUGGACUUGACUGUUAGCAAGUAUGAGAGAUGUCAGGAGCUGCAGGAAGUGCUUGCCCGGCUUGAAACCAAAAGCUUUGCUAAACUAAAGAAUGGCAAGGUGUUUCGCAAACAGGAUCUACACAACAAACACAGGGAUCUGCAGUACAAAGGGCUGGUCUACUGGAAGACUGCCACUGGACGUCUGAAAGACACUUUGGCCCUGUUGCUCACAGAUGUUCUGGUUUUCCUACAAGAGAAAGACCAGCGCUUUGUAUUUGCUUCCGUGGACCAGAAGCCUCCAGUAAUCCCUCUGCAGAAGCUCAUCGUUAGAGAAGUAGCCAAUGAGGAAAGAGGAAUGUUUCUUAUCUCUGCCUCUUCAGUGGGGCCAGAGAUGUAUGAAGUUCACACCACCUCCAGAGAAGAGAGGAAUGCAUGGAUGAGGCAGAUCCGACAGGCUGUGGAGAGUUGUCCUGAGGAAGAAGAGGAGGAGGAGCGAAGUGCUGAAACAGAAGAGGCCAGACAGGCUGCGGAAGUAAGAGUUCAGAAGAUCAACAAGUUCCAGGAUACACUGUUUGGUCAGGACCAACAAAUCUGCCACAGUUUGGAGGAGAAGCUACAGCUGUAUGCCGAGCUUGCAGAACUGACCCUCCAUUCACCAGAACCUGUACCAUAUCGCCAUCUGCUGGUACAACCAACACAAUACACUGACACUGAGACGCCACGUCAGGCCUCGUUAUUGCUCACUGCUGCUCUCAGAGAAGCGGAGAACCUGAUCACCAUUCUUCAGGCUCGGGAAGGUUUUUCUGCACACAGUCAAAGCUCUCCUGUUCGAGGGCCCGAAUGCUGCAGCUACAACAGCCACGGCAGCAGCAUUCAGGAGUCACCAUCUGAACCGGAUUAUCUGAGCACACUCAGUAUGAGUUCCACCUCUCUUGGAUCAGACAGUGAGUUGGUGGGGUUGGAUUGCGGGUCAUGGAGCUCAGCUGUUGAACUCAAAAAGGGAGAUACCAAAGGGAUGCUGUUAAAGGUGGCAGAUAGUGUCCAGAGCCUGACUCAGCUUCUGUAUAGCCUGCAGGCAGCCGUGACCUUUCAGGACAGCUGCUACGAAGUCCACAAGCUCCUUCUGCAGGAGGGAGAGCGACCUCAGCUUCGAACUCUCUCCUCCCUCCAAAACAGCCUGGAACAGGAGAAGCAGAGGAGCACUGAUAAGAUGAAAGAGGAAAAGAAGUGUUUAGAGAGGAAGAAAGAGAAUGUGGAUGAGGUGCAGAAACUCCAUGCAAAGCUGAAGCAAGAGCAGCAACGCUGGGACAAAGAGUGUGUUGCCAGAGAGAAACAGCAGAGUGACCAGGAGAACGCUCUGGAGCAGCGAGAGCAGCAGUGUCUUCUGGAGGCCGAGCGGCUUCGCUGUGAGCGUGAGGAGCUGGAAACUCAGCUGCUGGAGUAUCAGCAAAAUCUGGACAGACUGAGGGAAGGCCAAAAGUGUGUGGAGAGGGAAAGGGAGAAGAUUGAAGCUCAACAGAGGCUGCUCCAGAGCUGGAGACAUAGCCGCCAGAGCAGUCUGCCGGUUACAAUACCACUGGAUGGAUACACGGUAUCUGCUCACAGCCGGUCAAGCAGCCUGGAUGGUAACUGUUCAGCGUAUGAAAAUGAGGCAGCUUUGCUCGCCUCCCUGCAGCAAAACCACCUCCACCAGCCCACUCUCAGCAACAACCAGCACCAGCAUGUGCUCUCCAUCCAGAAAAAAAACCAUGAUGGCCCACUGCACAGCUCUGGCUACACUGCGAACAAUGACCUCAGUGCCAGCCUCUACAACAGCCUCAACACCCUGCUUAGUCAGACACACAGCAAACCUCUAGAUGGUUUGAUGUACCCCAACUACAGUAACAACCGCAGUUGUUUUCAACCCCCAACUGACUCUUCCCAACCAUUCAACAGCAGUGUCACCACCCAGCCACAGAGAACCAACAACACAGACUUCAACUCGAUGCAGAACGCACAAUCCCCCAGUUCUUGGAGGUCAGAGGCCACAGAUCAUGGCGUUUAUAAGGAAGAUUACUCUUCCUCUCCCUCUCUUACCCCCCUCCUCCCCCGACAGGCUUACCUGUCUCUUGAAGGACAAGAUGGAGAAGAUGGAGGGGAGGAAAAUGUUGUUUACCUCUGAGAAUCAUGACAUGAGCAAAGCAAACUGCCUGAUUUAUAAGUGGACAAACACUCAAUAGUGUGUUGCUUAUUUGUAUCUUUGUGCAUUAUCUAUCAAAAUGUAAUUAAUUUAAGUUAAUAUAAUAAAAAACAACAGCCGUAUAUUCAAUUAAAGGGGAAUUUGUGGGAGAAAUCAUAAAUAGAACGUUCAGUAUGUGCCUUUAGAGUGAACUUAAAGUAAUCUUCCUGCAGUGUGAUCAAACCAUUGUGCCUUUUUGCAAAAAUGGAAAAAAAGCUCUUUGUGAAUCAGCUUUUAUAACUACUCUCCCUAUAUGUUUUUACUGCUAUUAUAUUUUUAAUAUUUGUUGCACUUGUUUGAAGACAACGUACAUUUGUCUUACAAACACUUUGAUCUAAAGCAUCAAGAAACCAGGACAGAAGUGUUGAUGUAAGUUUCCUAUGAGCACUUAAAGCAAACUUUAAAUAUAUUAAAAGCCAAUUCAGCCCCAAACAAUAUAGAAGGCCAUUGUUUCCAUAUGUUACUUUUAAGGAUAUUUAUAAGUGACUUUAAGCAUCUGCUAAACAUAGAAAUAUACUGAAAUUACUGUAUAAAUGUUGAAUAGAUGUAAAGUUUGAUGGAAAAGCUAACUAUGCACACAGUGUUAAAAGAGAAUCUUAUAUUCCUAUUAUUAUUUUUCUCACAUAAAGUGCCAAAAAUCUUGCUAUCUGAUACUGUAAUUGAUGUAAAGAGUGGGUUUGUUGCUUUAUAUAUAUAUAUAUAUGUAUAAUUUAUUGCAUAUGGAUUGCUUCAUGCACUGCCAAUAGUAAUAUUUUUUGUUUUAAUAAAUGUUAUCUUGUAAUCUU